UUCUGCAAAGUGCGUGUGGGUUUGGUUGCCGGUUAGCUUAAUCCACGCCGCAAAAAUGAUGGGCCGACCAGUUCUCGUUCUUAGCCAGAAUAUGAAAAGAGAGUCUGGACGCAAAGUCCAGACAGGGAACAUCAGUGCAGCUAAGACCAUAGCAGAUGUCAUCCGGACAUGCCUGGGACCAAGAGCUAUGAUGAAGAUGCUGCUGGAUCCAAUGGGUGGUAUUGUCAUGACAAACGAUGGCAACGCCAUUCUGAGAGAGAUCCAGGUGCAGCAUCCUGCAGCUAAAUCCAUGAUCGAGAUAAGUCGUACACAGGACGAAGAAGUUGGAGACGGCACUACCUCAGUUAUCAUUCUCGCCGGGGAAAUGCUGUCUGUUGCCGAGCAGUUCCUGGAGCAGCAGAUGCACCCCACAGUAAUUAUCAGCGCCUACAGACAGGCCCUGGACGACAUGCUGAACUUGCUCAAAGAGAUCAGCACUCCUGUUGAUGUGAGCGACCGGGACAUGAUGCUAAAGAUCAUUAAUUCAGCCAUCAACACCAAGGCCCUGAGCCGCUGGUCCAGCCUGGCCUGUAACAUCGCCCUGGACGCCGUGCGGACCGUGGAGCUGGAGGAGAACGGACGCAAGGAGAUUGACAUCAAGAAGUACGCCAAAGUGGAGAAGGUUCCCGGUGGAAUCAUUGAAGAUUCCUGUGUGCUGAGGGGAGUGAUGGUCAAUAAGGAUGUCACACACCCUCGUAUGCGUCGUCUAAUUAAGAACCCCAGAAUCGUUUUGCUCGAUUGCUCCCUGGAGUACAAGAAGGGUGAAAGCCAGACGGAUAUUGAGAUCACACGCGAGGAAGACUUUGCUAGAAUCUUGCAAAUGGAGGAGGAGUACAUCCAGCAGAUCUGUGAAGACAUCAUCCGUGUCAAACCCGAUCUGGUGUUCACUGAGAAGGGAAUCUCUGACCUUGCACAGCACUACCUGAUGAAGGCCAACAUCACUGCAAUCCGCAGAGUCAGGAAAACAGACAAUAACCGUAUUGCAAGAGCCUGCGGAGCCCGAAUCGCCAGCCGAACAGACGAGCUGAGGGAAGAGGACGUGGGCACUGGAGCAGGUCUGUUUGAAGUGAAGAAGAUUGGAGACGAGUACUUCACCUUUGUUACCGAGUGUAAGGAUCCCAAGGCCUGCACCAUUCUCCUGCGAGGAGCCAGCAAGGAAAUCCUGGCUGAGGUGGAGAGGAAUCUUCAGGACGCCAUGCAGGUGUGCAGGAACGUGCUUUUAGACCCUUACCUGCUCCCCGGGGGCGGCGCCGUGGAGAUGGCCGUGUCCCACCGGUUGAUGGAGCGCUCUCGCGCCUUCACCGGGGUGGAGCAGUGGCCUUACCGCGCCGUGGCCCAGGCCCUGGAGGUCAUCCCUCGUACCCUCAUCCAGAACUGUGGGGCCAGCACCAUCCGUGUGCUCACCUCCCUCAGGGCGAAGCACACCCAGGAGGGCCACACCACAUGGGGCGUGAACGGGGAGACGGGUACCCUGGCUGACAUGACGGAGCUGGGCAUCUGGGAGCCGUCGGCAGUGAAAGCGCAGACGUACAAAACCGCAGUUGAGACGGCUAUUCUGCUGCUGCGCAUUGACGACAUCGUGUCCGGUCACAAGAAGAAGGGAGAGGAGCAAACAGGAGGAGGACAGGGAGCUGAGUAGUGGGAAGGGAAUUUAGAAAAAAAAAAAUGAGGAGGAGUGAGAAAAGGGUCAGGAUGUUAGACAAAGAAGAGUAAGACACAAAACACCAGAUUACAGAGAGUAAGAAUGACACUGGUGGUGUAAAGACAGAUCGUUCGAAUCCACCCAAGCUUACGCUAAAAUCAUAACUAUUUGACGUAAUGACAUGGCUUGGUUUGUUUGUCAACAGUUCUGGAUCUAUGUAAUAGUCGUAAUGCUUCACUCCAUAGUUGUUACCUGCUGUUGUUACUGGUGUUUUCUUUCUCACCGGUGAUAAAAUUUCAAUAUCUAA